UUUUCUCUGUGGGCUCCAACAAUGGAGGAAAUGAGGCCAGUAGCUUGUUCACACCAAACUACAUGUUAAAACUGCGCUCUGGUGCGUUUACUCGACGGAUAGUGCGUGUUUGUGCGUGGGGCCACCUUCCCGCACGGGUUUUGAGUGAAGUGUGUGUGAAAAAAACGAGUAGAGUGUGAAGUGCGCACAUUCAGAGCUGAGAGGGAGUUUCAAAAAUGGACGUUAUGAAGGGGGAGGGGCGAGCAGCCGAGCGGGGGCCGACCACCGCUACAAUUAAACUCCAUUUCUCCCUGAAACUCUCAGCAGCGCAGAAAAGAUACUUUUAUCCACCAAAACCGACUGUUUUCUCACAGCUUUCUCCAUUUCUGCGCUUAUAAUCCCUCUCCGCGGCAGUGGGCGGGAGAACCGGUCCGGGUUCGCCUCCUGAUUCCCUCAGCCGGCCAUCAAUCAAUCAAACUGACACCAUGUCAAACGGAGCGCUCGUUUAUUCGAUAAAUUCACUGCACAGCUCGAUUCGGACCCGGUUUUCUGGCCUCCACGGUGUCGGACGGGCUCCGUGAGUCACGAUGCGGUCCGUUCCGCUGCCUUUAAUCGGUUCGGAUUAUUUGUUUUUAGCGGAAUAGGGACGGUUGCAUGGGGAGAACAGAAGGGGGCGUGGUCUAAGCAGAUAGAAAUUCUACCCAUUGUUCACUCCGGCGCGCGAAGAAAACACCUCUGUGCGGCCAGCAGCCAAUCAGCGGCCGGCGACCUCCGCGAGGCCCCGCCCAUAAUCCUAUAUUAAAGGCUCGGCCGUGAGCACCGUCGGCCACUGGCACAAUCUAAUCCAGCUAGAUCCGCAGCCGAGCAGAGGGGAUUUACUUUAUUCCAGCUUUCCUUUCAGCCGUCCUUUAUUUUAUUGAACUAAAACAAUGGCGGACACGCAGGUGGACUCUGGCUCGGAUAUCUCUGCCAAGGACCUGAAGGAGAAGAAGCUGGCAGAGGAGAAGGAGAACGGCAAGGAUGCUGCCACCAACGGGAAGGAGAACGAGGAGAACGGCGAGCCUGAGGUAGAUGAGGAGGAGGUGGAUGAGGAGGAAGAGGAAGAAGAGGAGGACGACGGAGAAGGAGAUGAGGAGGACGAGGAAGAUGAUGAAGACGAGAUCGAGGGCGGCACAAAACGGGCAGCUGAGGACGACGACGAGGACGACGAGGACGACGUCGAAACCAAGAAGCAGAAAACCGACGAUUGAUGCGUUUCCGCGCGGCGCCGACCUGCUGAACCACUUCCUGGUUCUUCACCUCUGACCUCUCUGACACGUCACAGGUGGAGGGGCGGGAGGACUGACCUAAAGGAAAAAAAUAAUUAAAAACCAACAUGGUCAUUAGCAAGUAGAGUUCAACAAGCAUCACCACGUCCACACCCCCCCAUCUCCCUGACCUCUGACCUCCAGGCUGCAAGACAAAUUUUCUAGAGGACCCGCCGCCUCGCCCGACGCAGAAAUCUGGCUUCUCUUCAGCAACAACAACCCCAACGGAGAAUUUGUUUGUAUUUUUAUUUACAUUUUAUAUUUUUGUACAUAUUGUUAGGAGAGGGAGGGGGGGGGCAGCUUCUCUCUCGGCAGCGAUCUCGUCAGACCAAAUCGGUGCUUCUUCUGUAACGAAAAGAUUUUACUUGGUUGACCAUGUUACAAUAUCUCAGAUACUAGAAAACCUGUAAAAAACAAAAAAGCUAAAAAAAAAAGAAUAAAAGCUGAAAGGCAACCUGUUAACGCCGCUGAACUCAGAGCAUUCCAGUAAAUUUAAUGUAUGUACUUUAGCUGUACCAUAACUAGUUUGUUUGUAUGGGAGGGUAAGGCCAAAGAGAAGAGCCUCUGUUUCCUUUUGUUCUUUUUUUUUUUUCUUUGUCAGCGACAUUUUGUUUUAUGACGGCCUGUUUUGAUGUAUGUGCGAAGUUUGUUGUUUGACAAUAAACCGGACUUUUAUUUUGUGAGUUGUA